UCCAUCACAUCCCGCCCGAAAUCUUCGCCUCUGAUUCUCCGGGAACACAGCCAGGAUGCCUUCCAACAGACUCACCUACCGCCGACGGGCUCCCUACAACACCCGCUCCAACAAGGUCCGCGUUAUCAAGACCCCUGGAGGCGAGCUCCGAUACCUUCACAUCAAGAAGAGGGGAACCACCCCCAAGUGCGGUGACUGCGGCACCAAGCUCUCCGGUCUCCCUGCUCUCCGCCCCCGCGAGUACGCCACCAUCAGCCGCCCCAAGAAGACCGUCCAGCGCGCCUACGGUGGUUCGCGAUGCGCCAACUGCGUCCAGGACCGCAUUGUCCGUGCUUUCUUGAUUGAGGAGCAGAAGGUCGUGAAGAAGGUGCUCAAGGAGUCGCAGCAAAAGAAAUAAGCGAUUGAUGAUUGAUGGAGGAACGGAUGUCGAAAAACAGGGGCCAUCGGUGUUUAUGUGCAUUAUGGGCAUUCCCAGGUUCAGGCCAGCUUCAUUAGGGUUCAAUGAGAUCAUGGCGAUUUCUGCAUCAUACACAAACGUCUACAGGGACGUAGCUGAAUAGGACCAAAAUUUCACCGACGCGCCAGUGUCCAAGUGAUCGAUGACGGAUGCGAGUCUUGGGACAGUGAACCAGUCGCUUUAUCAUCCCGUUCGAGAGCGCACAACGCCCGAACGAGAAUGCAAAUGAUGUUGUACUGACUGCAGGUGCAUACUUUUACACUUUUAGCAUCGCCUGACUCUGUUCUCAUGCCGGAAUGCUGCUCCCAUAUCUGACAAUAUGAAUGAUAGCCAAUGGUGGUCUACUCACGCAUGAGUGCUGCAACCUUCAUCAUGAAUCUCUCGCCAGGCAUGGAUGUCAAAAUGCGAUAUAUGCCGGGAUUGGUCCCAC